AUGAGAUCAUCAGAAAGCAAUGAAGUUUGCAAACGUGUUAGAUGUAAAAAGUUCAAUAAUAACUUAGUAAAUGAUUAGAAUUGGUAAGUAGGAAGAUUUUUAGAAGAAGGAGUAGAAUAAAGAUUUAGAAAUUUAAGAUAAACUAAUUUUUUAGUUGAAUAUAUAAAAGAUGGAUUAAUAAAAUAUAUUAUGGAUGGUGAGAUCCUUAGAAUGUAAUUAAAAUAUUAAAAUUUUAAUAAGAGAAAAACUGUAUGAAGGGUAUAAUUAGACAGAAGUCAUUAAAAAUGUAGAGUAAAUUAAAUACCUUCGAUGGGAAGGAGAAUAUGGAGGAAAUUAAAAAAAAGUUGGUAAAUGGAAUGCUUUUUGGAGAGGAGAUAAUUUGAAUGUAGGAGGACAUUAUAAUGAGAAUGGAUAAAAGUAGGGAAAAUGGAUUGAACUAUUUACAAAUUUCUUUGAGUAAAUUAAAAAAAAAAUUGAAUUAGUUCAAGUUAAAUCAUUAGUUCUGGUGUUUAUAAAUAAGAUAAGAGACAUGGAGAGUGGACAACAAGUCUUAAAGAUUAAGUUAUGUAAGGAAUUUAGAUUAAAACUUAGUGCUUGUGGAAUAUAUGAUGAGAAUGGCCAAAAAAAUGGUGUUUGGGUUGAUAUUCAUGAUAAAUUUAGCAAGUUUAUUGAUAUAAAUUAUAAUUAGUGAACGUUUUAUUACUUUUGUAGGUAAAUAUAUAAAUGGAUUAAAAUUUGGAAGAUGGGAUACAUAUUUUCAGAUGAGCUUUGAAGAUGAAAUUUAGCUGAUGUAUAUUUAAAUAAUAAAUAUUUAUAGAGGUGGAGGUGAGUAUAAUUAAAAUGGAGUUAAGAGUGGAUUUUGGAUUGAUAUACACGAAGAUUAUGAUUAUUAGUAAAGUUAUGUUAAAUUAUAAUUAGCGAAUAUCAAAUUAUAUAUUUGGGGGAAUAUAUUGAUGGUAAAAAAUAUGGUUAAUGGAAUACAUAAUUUAAGGAUCCUAAUUUUCUAGACUAACAAUCAUUUAUGUAAAAUUAUAAUAUAUCAUUUAGAGGAGGUGGUUUUUAUGAUUAAAAUGAAGUAAAAACAGGUAAGUGGAUUGAGUUAUAUGAAGAUUUUAGAAAGUAAAUAAGAUUAUUUAAUAAAGUGUUUGUUAAAUACUUUUGGAAGGGGAAUAUGUUAAAGGAAUAAAAUAAGGAAAAUGGAAUACUUAAUUUAGAUUAAAUCAACACCAUAAAUUUAAAACAAUGUAAUAAUCUAUAUUAUUAUUUAGUGGUGGUGGAAAUUAUGAUCAUUAAGGGAUAAAAAAUGGUAGAUGGAUUGAAAUGAAUAAUAAUUUUUGGAAGUAGAAUGAUAUAUUUUAAUAGUUUGCGAUUAGACAAUGCUAAGUUAUUGAGUCUGGAGAAUAUUAAAAUGGAAAUAAGAUUGGAUCAUGGAUUAUAAAAUUUAGAUAUACAAUCAAAUAUCCUUUUAAUAAAAUGUAAAAAUUUAAUUAAAAAUUCUAGUGGAGGUGGGAUUUAUGAUAAUAAUGGAAUGAAGAAUGGAAAAUGGAUUGAAAUAUUUAAGAACUUUUAAAAGUAUAUACCAUUAUAUUUCUUAUAGUUCAUCCUAAGUGACUUUAGUUGGAGAUUAUUUAAAUGGAACCAAAACAGGAAGAUGGAAUAUUAUGAUGAGAUAUCACGAAAAAGAAAAAUUUUAAUUUAUGUAUUAAAUUAUAUAUAUUGAGUGGUGGAGGAAUGUUUGAUUAACAAGGACUUAAAAAUGGAGAUUGGAUAGAAUUGAUAGAAAAUUUUGGAAUGUAUAUUAUGUUAUAUAAAGUAGUUAAAACUAGGUGAUUAUGAAAGGAGAGUAUUUAUUUGGUAUGAAAUUGGGUUAGUGGAAUACUUUAUAUAGAAAUAAUCCUAAAUUGGACUUUUCAAUUAUGUAUUAAUGAUAUAAAUCUUAUUUGUUAGAGGAGGGGGUUAAUAUGAUAAAAAUGGUCAGAAAAUUGGUUAUUGGGUUGACUUGAAUAAUUAUUUUGGGAACGAAUAAUUCGGAAGCUUAUAAGUUUUAAAGGGGACCUAUGAAAAUGGCCUGAAAAAGAAAAAAUUCACUCAUAAUUUUUUACAUUAAGGCUGA